AUCUCUGACUUGGGUGUUACUGGGAGGCAGUGGCUCCUCUGUGUAGGCUUUGUGAUUUACAGGGAAAACUGGAUAUGGAGUGGGGAAUUCUGACACUCAUUGCCUUGAGCCAGACUUUUCUGAUUAUGACUCAAACUUUGACCGAUGUUGAAGAUAUUGACAUUAGUAAAUGUCGAAUCAUGGGGAUUUUCCACAUUCGCUUGAAAGAUGGUUACAGACUGUCACAGGCUCAAGCACGUAACGCUUGCACCCGCUUUGGCACAGAGCUGGCAACGAAGUCACAGGUAGAACAGGCACAACAGCAAGGCUUCGAAACAUGCAGGUAUGGUUGGGUGGAUGAUGGCUUUCUUGUUAUUCCGAGAAUCAGUUCAAAGGAGCAGUGUGGAAAAAACGGAACAGGCGUAUUAACCUGGAAAGCUGAUCCUGAUAAACAGCACGAUGGUUAUUGCUUCCGGAAGAACGAUGCCCAGAAGACGAAUACCUGUGAGCCAUUAAUUAUGCAGACCACAACUGUCAUCAUGAAUCCAACAAAAAUAUUAUUAAUGCACCUGGGUUCCACUGACAUGAAAACUGUAACAGAAUCCAACUCUGAACCUACCCCCUUACCGGACACCAAAACAACUCGUGUACCUCGGGAAACAAAUUCCUUUUUGUCAGCCUGGAUCAACACAACUGCUCUUUCAUCCACCUCCUCAGAAUUGCUCAGUACACUAACUACAGCAGAAGACCACAAGCUGUCGAGCGACUGGAUCAUCUGGGUAUUGGGUAUGGUGGUGAUCGGUUUGUUUGUGGUCCUCGUGGCUGUUGGAGUUUGUUACCUCAGAAAACGCAAGAAGAAUUUUUCAUAUUUAACUGGGUAUCCAAAAGAAGCCAUUGAAGCUGAAGUGUGGACUAAUAACCUGACAGAGAACAGUUCACCAUGAGAAGACAUGAAGCAAGAACCCCAAAUAACAAACCAUACAAUUGUAUCCUCCAAUGUCAAGCAAGCAAACUAAUCCAAUAAAUAUUAAGGUCAAGGAAGUGGGAUUAAAAUUCGUUUUUGAUAGAAUUACAUAGAAUGUAAAGAAACAGAAUGUAACAGAAAUUGAAUGUAAAGCUCAGAACCAGGCCAUUCGGCCCAACUAGUCUAUGCUGGUCUUUAUGCUCCACGUGAACCUCCUUCCACCCUCUUCAGCUAACCCUAUCAGCAUAUCCUUCUAUUAAGGUUGCUUCAUUGUCCAGCUUUAACGUCAACAUUAAUAGAUAUUCAUACACAUGCUCAUUAGUUGAAAGAUGAAUGAUCAGAGAAAGUAAACAAUUACAUAAAAGCAUCUGAUUCAACACUUAAUUACACAGAAUCUAACACUACUAAUCAUAGAAGCAGGGCUUAUGCUUUUAACAUAAUGAAUCUCAAAGUCUGUUUUGAUCACUCUGCUGUAAUUAUUGUUCUGGGUGUUUGAACUGUUUAGUUGAAGAUCAUAAGAUAUACCUGGCUCAGGGUUUCUUUGAUGAUUUUUUUGCCUUUCCCAGGAGAUUAUAAAGCAAGGGGAGAAGGGAGAGUAGGGGAGAUUGGGGAAGAAUGAAGGGAGAGUAGAGAGGGGGAAGAAUACGGGUGGAGAGUGGGGGAAUGUGUAAUGGAGAAGAAUGAUGGGAAAGAGUGGGGAAAAGGAAAAAGUAUUAAGUCAUGGUGUUAUGGCCAUCAUGGCGUGGGGCAGGCUUGAAGAACUAGCUGGUCAUUUUCUGCCCAUCAAUUUUGUGUCACAUUGUGAACAUAACAUUAUCUUAGGAAAAUUUCUUAAGGAAGGAAAUAAAAAGAGUCGUGACUGAGGGUGAUCAUUAGGCAUAUCUCCCAGUGCCCUAACUCUGCCAUUAUAUCAUUCAUCUCCAUGGUGUAGUACUGAUAAUCUGACAUGCACUAGCAGUAGCACGCCCUCAGGUCCAAAUUUAUGCGUUGUUACACUGUGUCAUGGAUGAUUAGUCCCUGCCAAUGUUUCCUUACAGAGUUACUAGGUCCUCUGAGCUGUGAGACAAGAUCUAUUAUCUCCACACUCUCCUUUUGAUUGGUUUAAGAGCAAUUUUGACAUGAAGAUAGAUCAUUGGUCCAUCCCCUCUCUUCUCAAGCUGUAACAUGUGUAACAAGAUCCUAACUGAAAGGAGAAAAUAACAUGCAAAAUGGGGAUGAUCACAAUCAAUUAAAAAUAACUAUACCUAAAGUGAAGUUGGUUAAAGGACAGGAAUGAUUGGACCAAGACAUGAAGAUGUAACCCAGUUCCAAUAAACUGCCAUAUUCUGUCCUUAUUUUUAUAUAUUUUUUAUUAUAAAUUCUCAUUCCACAUGGGGAGAUGGCAUAAUUACAAUUUAGCAAGUUUACAUAGAAAAAAUGUCAUUAUAAAUUUGGAAAUAUAUAAUUUAAAAAAAACUUGACAGGAGGUGUAGAUGUAAUAUUAUAAUACAUUUUGAAGAUGAACAUGGUCUUAAUUUUGAUGAGAUUCUGUCAUAAACCCAUAUGCAAAUUGAAAAAUUGUCACAAACCACAUCCCCUCUGCAAUCAGCUUUUUUGUAAAAUAUAUACAUUUUUUUAAAAAAUUUCAAAUCUUACUUCCUUUUUUUUAAAGAACUGGGUUAUAUCACAGCAAAUUGUGGUUGGUUCAUUUACUUUAGGCAAUGUGUAAUAUAGAUUGAAUUUUAAAAUCCAAUUAAAUGAAUUGUAUAACUUGUAUUGUUAGAGCAAAAAUCUUUCUCUAGCUGGAAAUCUUUUAUGUAAAAUUUUUCAUUAUCAAAUGCUUUUUUUCAGAUCAAACAAUGUAUUAGCAAAAUCUGCCCAAACUGAUUGCUCAGACUAUGCUUUUAUUUCUAGUUAUUUGUAUUUGCUCGACUUCUGCUGAAUUAAAAUAAACAAUUUGAAUCUAA